CCACACCACCUCCACCCCCUUAAACCCAUUUCAACACAGAAGAGAGAGAGAGAGAGAGAGAAAAAGAAGAGAGAGAAAGAGAGGAGAGAGAGAGUUUGAAUAGCAAGUCAAACGCCACCGUCGAGAGAAAGGUCGAGAGCGAGGAGAGAGAGAGAGAGAGAGGGGGUGAAGGGUUGAAGGAGGAAAUGGAGGAAUCGAUGAGAGAGUGCAUGAGGAAGCUCGCCCUCUGGCACACCCGCACCUUCAAGCCCAUCAUGACCCACGACGAGCUCGAGCCCAUCAUGGCCACCCUCGGCUUCGUCGGCCUCCCCCCCUCCGCCUCCGCCGGCGGCGCCGUCGCCUGGAAGGAGUACGCCUACUCCGCCCCCGGCGGCAGGAGGGCCGCCGCCGCCGCGGCGAGGCCGAGGGGGAGGCCGAGGCUGCCGUACCCGAGGAUCGACGGCCUGCACAGCUACACGUACCAGGCCUUCGUCGACGGCGUCAACUCCUACCUCGAGAUGUGCGACAUCUCCGUGCUCUUCCAUAUUCGGGGCAUGCCGCUGCACAGGCUUGAUCUGUACAAGAAAUGGCGACGGAUGCAGGAGGACGAGAGCGUCUUCGUCUACAGAGAAGGCACUCUGGAUCAAGCCACUUACAAUCUCUACCAUUUCGACCAUCGCAACAACCGCGAUGGCGGCGGCGGCGACGGCAUCGACACGAGAAUGUAUCAUGGCGGCAGUGAUGGGAAUAGCUCCUUAGUUAUUCGCGACAAGGGCAACAAUGCGCCGGUCAGCUGUCUCGUUCCUCUUAAGGACAUCAUAGUUUGACACCGGCGGCAGCCGCGGGGAUGGUUGGUGAUCCGCGGUUUAUUUGUUGGUGUAGGAACGGGAGCAAAUGGCUCUUUUGUUGAUUUUCUUUGUCCUUCUCUAUGAGUUACAUGGCCAGUUUUUUGGUUUCAAAAGGCUUCGUUUGUUUUGCAGGAGAACUGUAAUCAAGCUAGAUAUUCUCUAAGCAAAUAUCUUUAUAAUUUAUGGAA